AUGCCACUGCGUGUCCUCAGUGGCAAAUACAGUGGUGCUAAGGAGUCGCCCAUUGAAUCGCUGGCGAAGACCUACAAAACACAUAUCACAAAAGGGCUCACUGCCAAGCGGGCCGCAGAAAUCCUGGAAAGGGAUGGCCCCAACGAAUUGGAGAAGCCUCCCAAGCCGACGCUGCUGAUGCUAUUCCUAAUGCAGCUGACGAGCUUCAUCAUUAUUCUUCUCAUGGUGGCAGCCGUGGCCUCUAUCUUGGUCAACGCAUUGCCAUCGCUGCCUGUCUUGAACCGGCGUUGGAUUUUUUUUGUCGGGGCUUCCAUGAUAGAUGGCAGCCAGGGAAUCAUCGUCCUCAUCAAUGCGGGCAUCGCAGCCUGGACGGAACACAAGGCUGGGGAUGCACUCGAGGCGCUUUCCAAGAUGACGCAGGCCAACAUCUAUGUCUUGCGAGAUGGAAAGGAGGUUCAAGUACCAGUUCCAAGCGUAGUGGCUGGCGACAUUGUGGUCCUUGGAACGGGCGACGUGGUGCCUGCGGACCUGCGCCUUUUCGAGGCCAAGGACUUCAAGGUCAGCGAGAUGGCGCUCACAG